AAAUAAAAACUUGAAAGAGUGAGGGUGUGAUUUCGUUGAUUUAAAAUAAAUUUUUAAAAACGUUGACACAAUAUUUCGUAUCAGUUUAACUCGGGUCAGUAAGUUUGUCAGUCUUGUUUGAAUCGUCAUUGAGUGCAUGUGUAAUGAUGUAUCUUGAAAAUUAUCAAACAACAAACAACAUACAAAAUAUAACAGCAUAUAAUAUGGAACAAGAUAACUUAUUAAUUAAUAAUAACACAACAAGUAAUAAUCAAAUGACAAAUUCAUAUUUAAUAUUUUCUGAUUCAACAAUAUCAAGUCCAGAUGAAUCUGAUUGGGAACAAGUGCAUAAUAUAUUUGAUAAUAAUAUAACAACAACAACAACAUCAUCAACAACAAAUAAUAAUCGUCCAGUACCAUUGACACUUGGUAUGUUAUCACCAGGUAGUAGUGGUAGUGUUGUUAAUACACCAACAUCAUGGAUUGAAAAUACACAAGAUUUAGAUUAUACAAAUGAUAUUAUGAGAUUACCAUCAGUUGAAACAGCAUUUCCAUUUUCACGUCAUUUUUCAACAAAUAAUUAUUAUGAUGAAUCAAAUAAUUAUCAAGAAUUUGAUUAUAAUAAUUAUGAUGAUUAUCAAGAUUGUUUAGGUGGUGAUGAUAUUUUAUUAACAUUAGAACAAUCAAAUAUUAUUGUUAAUCAAAAUAAUUUGAUUGAUAUUAAAGAUAUUAAUACUGCACAAGCUGUUGAUGAAUUUGAUUUGAGUUUUAUAAGAGGUGAUCCAACAACAUUAUUAACAAAUACAUCAACACUAUCUUCAUCUUUAUCAACAUCAACAUCAUCAUCAUCGUCGUCGUCGUCGUCAUCUUUAUCAUCAUUAGAAAAUAAAAAAAAUUAUACAAAUAAAGAAAUUAAUCAGUGUUAUCCAGUUGGUCAUUUAAUAUCAAGUCAUUCAAUAAAUGACAAUCAAAAUAGUUUUAUUGUUAACAGUGGUGAUAUUGAUAAUUCAAAAAAUAAAAUUGUUCUUUCACAAAAAGAUGGAUUGAUGCUUACAAAUAAUAUUACAACACGUUUAUGCAAUACAGAGAAAGACAGCUUGAAAUACGAGUGUCGUUGGAUAGGAUGCGGAUGUACAUUUAGUGAACAGGAAGGUCUUGUAAGACACAUUGAAAAACGUCAUGUUGAAUCAUCAGCAAAUAAUCAUCAUACAAAAAGAUCAUCAAAAGAUAAAGAUAAGGAUGAUAAUACAAAUGGUAAUCAGGAUGAAUUUGCAUGUCUUUGGCAAGGUUGUCCGAGAAUGCAACCAUUUAAUGCUAGAUACAAAUUGUUGAUACACAUGAGAGUACACAGUGGUGAAAAACCAAAUAAAUGUCCGUUUGAAGGUUGUAAAAAGGCAUUUUCACGAUUGGAAAAUUUGAAAAUACAUCAAAGAUCACAUACUGGUGAACGACCUUAUGCUUGUCAGCAUCGUGGAUGUUUGAAGGCUUUUAGUAAUAGCAGUGAUCGAGCAAAACAUCAAAGAACACAUUAUGAUACGAAACCGUAUGCGUGUCAAAUUGCUGGAUGUGGUAAACGAUAUACUGAUCCGUCAAGUCUUCGUAAACAUGUAAAAAAUCAUGUUGAAAUUUUACCGUUGACACCGACAACACCAACUACACCAACUAUACAAAUUCCACCAACAACACCAACAACACCAACAACUCCAACAACUCCAAAUCCAUACAACAAUUGUUUAUUAAUGAAAGCAGAUACAAAAAUGUUUAAAAAAAAUUCCCAAAAUCAAGUACAAAAUGUUUUUAAUUUUGGAUUCAAUGAACAAACAAAUGAUGAAUAUAGUAAUGAUGAUAAUUUAAUUGGAGACAGUGGUACAUGGCUUGAUGCCAAUGAAUUUAAGGACAAUCAACCGGAAUUUGUACCAAUGGAAUCAGUUACAAGAUGGUUUGGUGAAGAUCGAAGCUACAAUGUUAAUGAUACAAGUGCAGAUGAAAAUAUUGCUGAUUUUCAAAAAUUCAGUCCAAUUAUUGAAGGACAAUUUCUUGACUUAAAUAAUUUAUGUUACGAAACAAAUUUCAUAGGAACAUGA